UGAAAAUGCCUUGCACGCGUUACACCAGCCGCUUGGCUGUUCAUCGUAAUUGUACAGCCCAUUGCGGCCAAGAGAUAGCUUGAUACAACACAGAACUGUGCCCACUUCUUUCCCAUUCCUUCUCCUAUUUUUCCUAUCUACUUCCGAGCAUACCCUACUUUCUUCCAUAUACAUCCAAUUCUCAUAUUGUUACUUUUUCCACAACAUGGGGGGUCUCUCCAAGCCAUCAAUCAAGGAUUAUAGUCCGCUUCCAAUAGAGGAGAGAAUCGAUGAUGGAGUAGAGGAACCUCAGGGUGAGAACGAAGCGAGUGAUAACGAAGAUCUGUAUACGAGCAGUGCACCCCUCCUUUCCAGCAGAUCCCGAGGGAAUGGGCCUCUUCCAUCCCAAGGGGAACUGUGCUGGUAUCACAGGAUUGGUAGCUGGAGGCCUUUCCGAAGGGAUCCGUAUGCUGCCUGGGAGCCACCAACGAAGAGAAACUGGCGAAAGAUACUUCUGUUCACAUUCCUGGGCACGCUCCUCUCAACAGUUCUCGCCCUCAGCAUCUCCACCGGCGUCCUUGCAUCGAAAUUGUCCCAAGCUUCAAACCAGCGGUGCUACAAUUACAGACCCUAUGAGCAGCACACCCGCCUUCCGUUGAAUCAAGCCUGGGAAUCUUCCAAUAACAGGCUCAACUUUGUAAGACUGUACCCUCGGCUCCAGACGUCACCGUCUUUGGCGUGCCAGGUGGCCUGGAAUACCCUUAGCUAUGUUCCAUGCCACGAGAAGAUCUGGAACAGGUCCUGGGACAAUGGAAAACACUACUCUCUCUUCGACCCAGACAUCAGCCUCUAUUCUCAGGCCAUGUGCUCUCCAAGCUGCACGGAGGCUAUCACCCGGGCGUUCCAGCUUAUCUCUUCGCAAUGCACAGAAGAAGAUAAGUUCGAUAUGACGGACUAUGCAGGAACCUUUUCGGCAGAUCCUGGGCUUGAGGACGGCCCAGUCGAAGUCAUAUCCACAAUUGCAAGACGUCUUUCGCACACCUGCCGACAAGAGCCUUCCAGACAACAGUACUACUACGGAUCUGCUCCCUAUUGCACUUCGGUAAUGUGGGAAGACUGGUUCAUCGUCGACGGCAUGAACGCUGGAAAUCUUGAAGGCCUCGACACUUUCGAAGCUCGAACUCACACCUCAAGGACUUCUAGUGGCACUUACAGGUACUACAAUACACAAGAUACCUGUGAUGAUCUCCUAACAUAUUACUCCGGCCGUUAUGUCAACGCCCGCCGCUUCGGACCGUUUGUUAACUCGACUAGCUGUGACUGGUGCACUAUGAACUGGUUCGAGCGCAAAUUACUCUCCUGGGAGAAGGAUGCAGUCACUGAUCCGAAGACUGGAAAGAAUGUCAAUCUCUCAGACUAUCUUCACCAGAUCAAACAUGUGGGAGAACGCUGCGACGCCGAUGCUUGGGAGCGUGUCUGGGGCAGGGCUCUUCAGAAAUACAAGCAAUCAGGAGAUUUGCCGGAGGAUUGGGAAGAUGAUAAACAGAGUGGAGAUGGAGAGAAGGGAGGUAAAAAUGGCAAGCAAGAGGAGCCAUGCAAGGAUGAUAAAUUUGACAGAGUGAUGUUUUGAGGACCCAAGACGAGGGACUACGCUGGCGGGUUUGGGUGCAAGCGAUUUCUUAGCUUCAGUCGUUAAUACGACCAAGGGAAGAGGCUUAUUUCAGUCUGGGCGUUAGCUUAAUAGGUGUUUGGAUGGGAAUCACGUUAUCUUUGUAUUUUUGGUUGUGUUCAAUUCAUGUGACAAGAAAAGAUGGAGUCGAGUUUGAUAGCACUUGAACGCUCGUUAGUAUUGGGCCUUUGUAGUUCGCACGACAUCUCCCACCCAGCUUCUCCCGAAGCUAGUAUGCCGAUAUUUACAGUAUGCUUUGAAAGGAC